ACAUUGAGAAAACACAUUUUCAAGUAAAAGAUGACGAACAUUACUUCUAAAACAUGGACCAUGUUACUGUUUGUCAUCACACUUUUAAUGGUGAUUGCGUACCAUGAGGGAGAAGCCAUAUCAUGUUCGCAGAUAAACAUGUUUUUAGCACCAUGUUUGUCUUAUCUAAGAGGUGGAGGAAACCCAUCUCAACCGUGUUGCGCCGGUCUUAAUAGCCUAAAAGCCGCUGCGCCUGGGAAGGCAGAAAGACAAACAGCUUGUCAAUGCUUGAAGAGCGUAUCUAAUACAAUCCCUGGAAUCAACGAUGAUAAUGCCAAACAACUACCUUCUAAAUGUGGUGUUGACUUAGGUGUUCCUUUCUCUAAGAGUGUGGACUGUAACAGCAUAAACUGAAAAGAGGACUACGUAACGGCCAUGCAGCUAUAUAAUAAAAUGGAUAUCAUGAAAGCGCAAAAGCAUCAUGAACAAAUUAACUGGAUACUUUAUUAUUAAUCUUCUGAUCAUAUGGUUUAUACAUGUAAUCAGUCAGUCAUAUAUGGUAAAUAAAAUCCUCUUCCUACUCAUAA